AUGUCUCUGCUAGCAGCUCAUCAGCACUGACUUCCACCUGCAUAGCGACAGCCUCACAGCAUCUGACCACACAUCACAUCACAAUAUCCACAACCAUGGCGGAUCCUAGAAUACGACAAAUCACGAUAAAAACCGGCGUCGUAAAGAGGUUGGCGAAAGAGAAGGCCUCAUAUAUCGUCGAGGCAAAGGAGAUCGCGGAGAAGAUCGAGUGCAUGAAAGCAGAUGCAGCAGAUGAGUAUCAAAUCAAGAAACAGAUAGAGGUUUUACAGGAGUCCAGGAUGAUGAUCCCAGACUGCCACCACCGCCUGGCCAAGGCACACGCAGCCCUGGUUCAGUUACUAGAAGAAACGGAGGAGGAUUUGGCUGAAUUAGACGCGUUCAAAGAAGCCAGGAAAACGCUGGACUCGGUGAAGCUUGAAGGAUGAUUUGUGACGUCUGUCUGUUCGCACUGUGAGAUCCACUUGCCUAAAUGUUCAUCAUUCCUUACUUCAUCAUGCCUUGUUUUGGAGACCCUGGAGGUAAACCGUGCCGGGUCCAUGUCUCCAUGUUCUUCCAGUUAUUAUUUCUACCGUCGACUCUGAACGUGCCACCGCGUUUGUGCAUGCAUCACGUGUAAACACCCACAGGAAAACCAUGAAAAUCAGUGAAGAAAAUAAAAAAUGAAACGAGUUAAUAACA